AUGAUUGAAACGAAGAUAUCCCCCUUCAAAACUUACUUCGACGAGAUAGCAGAGACCGAUGGCGACGACGAGUGUCGGGCAUGGUUGAGAAGGAUUCUGGACUCCAAACAGGACUUGGUCGACUUUGUCGGGCGUUGCCUGAAACGAGGACGAAAUGGCGUCUACGUCGGAUUUCUCAAAGGUUCCUUCAACUUCAGCUUCCGCGUCAGCUUCCGCGUCAGCUUCCGCGACGGCCAAGACGUGAUCAUUCGGUUCCCCAAACCCGGCCACACGGCCUUUCGAGAGGAGAAAGUAACUAACGAGGUUCGCGUCAUGGAAUACCUGCGGCAGAACACCACCGUUCCUGUUCCCCGUGUACACAGCUGGGGACUGACCAAGGAGAGCCCGCGACAACUCGGGCCGUUUAUCAUCAUGGAUUUUGUAGAUGGAACACUGUUAUCGACCAUGCUGAAGCAGCCCGAUACCCCAGAUUUGGUUCUCGACCCCAAUGUCGACAACACCCUGUUGGACAAGGUCUAUCGCCAGAUUGCCGGGUUCCUCCUCCAGCUUUCUGAGCUGAGAUUCUCCAAGAUCGGUGCCAUCUCGAAGGAAGACCAUACCUCCAAUACCUGGCGUGUGGCGGCGAGACCGAUUACAUACAACAUGAACGAACUGGCCACGUUUCCCACCGAGCCAUUCGACCGCACAAGCGACUACCUGACGUCCGUUGCCAAAGAGCACAUGACACCUCUGUGGAUCCAGCGUAACGUCGCCGACAACCCGGAAAUCGCUCGAGGACGAUACAUAGCCCGUCGUCGACUGCUCCACCUCAUUCCCAAAUAUUGUGUCGACGACGCAGGCCCGUUCAUCCCCUUCUGUGACGACAUGCGACCGUCUAACAUGCUGGUCGACCCGGAGACAUGUCGAAUCACCGCUAUCAUCGAUUUCGAGUUUACAAACGCGAUGCCCGCGCAGUUUACGUACGAUCCGCCCUGGUGGCUGCUACUGUCCGGCCCCGAGAUGUGGUUUGAUCGCUGCUCAGCGAAAGAAUUUCUAGCUCUGUAUGAGCCCCGAAUGAGGCAGUUUCUGCACGCCCUGGACCAAGUUGAACAAGAAGAGUUCGGAGCAGCGCAGCCAGCGCGCCCCAGUCUUGCCACGCGAAUGCGUGAAUCCUGGGACACGGGCCGUUUCUGGUUCGACUAUGCCAUAAGAAGGGGUUUCGACUUGGACGUCGUCUACUGGACAGCUUUGCGACGGCACGACGACGACAACGACAAACUCGAAUCUUCAGAGGGUGAAAUGCGUUCAGAGAUGGACCCGUUCGUAAAAUUAAAAAUGGAACAACUCAAAGCAUACAACGAGGAGUGUCGCGUGCGUUUUGCUUCAGGGUGA